UUGUAAAUAUUAUUUUAGUUAGUCAAUUGUGUUGUAACAUCAUUACAGAAAGACCAGUCCUUAAUGAACUUCCAAACAAAUAAGAUGGAAUCGAGCGGAAUGUUUAACUGUGCCGUCAGAGUAAAAAGUGAACCUAUUGAUGCGUCAUAUGCUGAGAAUGAGUAUAAUAGUAUUGACGAGACCCUCGAUGAUAAAAAUUUUGAAUUUUCCAGAUGUCCACAAGAAAACCCAAUUCACGUGCUUCGGAAAUCUGACAAAAGUCACGAAGGUGAACUUUACGAGUUGGCGAUCGAGUUGGAAUGUAAAGAACAGAAGCCCAAAUUUGAUUUACUAGCGGUUACGAAGAUUGAAAAUUCGUUUCAAAAUCACUCGCAGCAUAUGGAAGAUGGAAAUGGUCAUCGAGUUCGAGGUGAAAUUAAAAUAGAAAAUUCGGGAGCUAUAAAAAAGGAAUCAUUCGUGGACGACGCAAGCCAAUUGAAUGUUGAAUUAGACCGUGGACUCGGUGAGCCAAAUGAAACAAGCCGUGUUACAAACAAGUUGAGCGAUAAACGUAGCCUCAAAACGCGCAUCGGAACGGCCCACAAUGGUGUCACCGACACUCGUGAUCUUUGUAAAAAGACUUGCGGAACUGAGAGUAAUCGAAAAAAACAUAUUGAUGCGGUACAUAAUAAGAUCGGCCCUUACGCAUGUAGUAUUUGCGGAAACAAAUUAGCACGAAAGAUUAAUCUGAAAAAUCACAUUGACGCAGUGCAUAAUAGAGUCAGAUAUGCAUGUGAUAUUUGCGGAAAGAAAUACUCUCAAAAGAUUCAUCUAAAAGAACACAUCGAUUCUGCGCAUCAUAAAAUCGUACAUGAAUGUGAUCGUUGUGGGAAGAAAUUUUCAAUCAAGAAUAAUCUAAAAAGACACGUCGAUACCGCGCACAAUGGCCUUAAAUACGCAUGUGAUAUUUGCGGAAAGAAAUACUCAGAUAAGAGUAAUCUCAAGAAACACAUCGAUGUAGCGCACAAUGGUAUCGCCCCUAUUUGUAAGACAUGUGGUAAGACAUUUGCACGACUGGAUGUUCUCAAACGCCACAUCGAUUCGAUACAUCUCAAAAUCACUCAUGCAUGUGUUAUUUGCGGGAAAAAAUUCUCUGAGAAGAGUAAUCUUAAGAAACACAUUGAUGUGGCGCACAAUGGUGUUAGAAAUGCAUGUGAUAUUUGCGAAAAGAGUUUCUCACAUAAGAGUUAUCUGAAGAAACACAUCGAUGUGGCGCACAAUGGUGUCGCUCAUACU